UUGACGUCAUCGAAAACAUCAUGGUGGACUCGUGUGUGUGCAUGGAGCUAGACUUGGAUUAAAACGUCGACCAUAUGGAAUAUAUGUCGAAAAGCUGAUCAUUAAAUACGAGCCUCUCUGUAGUAGGACAGAAUGCUUCGCAGAUCCAGGAUCAGUGUUCGUCCGAACGUCAGGCCAGCAGGUAGAGGGCCAGCCCCAGCCUCCUCCCAGGACACUCCACCUUCCCAGGAGGCUCCAGCUGCAGUCUCCCAGGCCUCCGAGGACCUUCCCCAGGCAGGGGGCCAGUGCGUGAAGGACACCACCACAACUGCAGCGCUAGAAGAGUCCACCACACCCAGAGAGGAUGGAAAAGACCCAAAUGGCGAGGCUUCCAGCAGCACCCCCUCUGCCGGUCUUCAAAGGAGGAAGCGGUUCUCUGUCAUGCCAAACCUUGCCAAACCCCGGGUGGCCGCCACCCCAGCCCUCACCCGCUCCUCUCCCAGGACCCCCAAGUCCCCUGUAAGAGCGGGCACUGAGACUCCAGCUCCAACCCCUGAGGCUCCAGAGGCCCCCAGCCAGACAGAUUCUGGACCCCCACAGGGCAUGAGAUCCCCAAGGCGGAGGCCCUCUGGAGGUAGUAGGCAGGCCAAAGGACAGCCCAAAUCCAGGCCACUGUCCCCAGCUUCCCCAGGCCCUACAACAACCUCUCUGGGGAAUGUGGCAGUGGAGAACUCAUCCUCGUCACAACAGACCCCGCAGGCAGCAGGCAAAGGCAGCAUCCAAUCAGAUCUUCUGAAAAAAACACCAAUCAUUAAAGUUCCAUCCACUCCGUUAGAGAUGGUUCCAUCGUCCUCCCUUCCAGACAAAGAGGGUAUCUCAGUAUCAGAGAGAGCUAAGACUCUGGUCGCCAGGUCUGUGUCUGGUGGGCUCACCGGGCUGGCACCAGGGAAGUCCAGGCUUAGCAGGUUCCUGAAUGACCCAACAGACCUACAGAGGCUGGCUAAGGCCCGGAAGCUCAGAGAGCUGCUGAGACAGGAGAUGAACAAGGAGAAGAAACGGAGCAAAGCCAAGGUGUGUGUGAGCGAAUACACACUAGAUCCCUCUAAAAUGACCAUGAGAGAUCUCAUCUACUACCUGCCUGAUACCAACCCCAUGACGUCUUAUCUGGUAGAGGAACAGAGGGAGAAUGAGACUGUCCUCCCACUCACCCCACCAAGAGAAGAGUCACCUGAAAGACCCCCAACACCGGAGGCCCCAGCUGAGAUAGCCAGCCAGGGAGAUGAAGAUGAAGAUGAGGAUGAGGAUGACGAUGGGGUGAUGGUCCCGCGGGUGAAGGUGGCAGAAGACGGCUCUCUGAUCAUCGAUGAGGAGAGUUUGACGGUGGAGGUCUUGAGGCAGAAAGGGCCCAACCCAGCUGAUGAUAGAGACCCCAUCUUUGAGCGUGGCUCCACAACCACCUACUCGAGCUUCAGGAAGGGGACACACGUCAAGCCCUGGUCCAACAAAGAGACGGACAUGUUCUUCCUGGCCAUCAGUAUGGUGGGAACAGAUUUCUCCAUGAUUGGACAGCUGUUCCCUCACCGCGGUCGCACCGAGAUCAAGAACAAGUUCAAGAAAGAGGAGAGAGCAAACAGCUGGAGGAUAGACAAGGCCUUCAAGGAGAAACGCAGGCUGGAUCAUGAGUUCUUCACUAGUCUCCUGGAGAAGAUCUUGGCUGCAGAGGCAAAGAGGAACAAAAAUAACAAGUCCCCCACAGAGAAGAUACGGAUCAAGAAAAAAAUCAAACAGAAAGAAAAGAAAGCGGCGAAGCAGCUGAGCGACGUGGAGGAGGAGGGGUUAGACGCGGAGAUGGACACAGAGGAGGUGGAGGGAGAGAAGGAGAACGAGAACGUCUCUAACGAAGGGACCACGCUUUCUUCUGCUCCCACCCCUAAGAGAAAGCGCAAAAGUAGGGAUGGUGGAGGAGAGUCCUCUCCUGAAGAAGCAAAGGAUGGAAAGAAAAAGAAGAUUGACCUAAUAACAAGUGAUCAGGAAGAGGCUGGUGUACCUGAAGAUUCUGAGGCAGGGCCUCCAGAGAGUUCAAAGCAGGCAGAAGGGCCUGUGGAAGCAGCCAAGGGACCUGUGGUGAUCAAACCAGCCCAGUUGUCCCGCGGCCGAUCCCAGAGACCUCUUCCUAACCUGGGUAGGAAGUGGGGCCAGAGGGGCCCCGAGCCCAAUACCAAGCCUAACGUUAAAGAUGGGGCCACACCUACAGAGGAGGAGAACACUGAAGAAGGGCUGUCUGAAGAACAGGUAGAUAAAGAUGGUUCCCCUUCAGUCAGUCAAAAGGAGAAGAAGAAAGCUGGUCAACUCUCUUCAUCUGAGGGAGAGGAGGAAGAAGCCAACGAUAAACCCAUCAAACCCACCAGGUAUGGCAGAAUACCCAAAAAGACACAGCUCUUGAAUUACCCUGCAAAGGAGGAUGGGGACUCGCCCUCAGACUCUGCCCCCACUCCCGCCUCAGACGGAUCCCCCUCCACCAUGCCCAAAUCCAAACCAGCUACCAGGAGGGCCAAAAUCAAACCUGGCCCAGCCCUGCCAGGUAGGAUGGGCCAAUCAGCGGCUAGGAAAUCUAAGCUGGUCACCCUCAGGGCGUCCCAGUCUGAAGAUGAGGAUGAAGAUGAGGAAGAAGGAGCAUGGAGAGAGGAGGCGCAGGCUGAGGAGGACACCCACAAUCCCACAAGCCCAGAGGAGGAGAAUCAGGCACCUGCGUUCAUCCCCAUGAGCCUUCGCUCGCCACAACCUGUCGCCACAGAGGUUGAGGAGACCAUGGAGGAGGUGAAAGGGCUCGAUAUCUCCGUCAACGUGCCUGAUGUCCUGGGUAUUUCCCAUGAUGCAUUCUGCCCUGACUCGUCAUGCGAGCGGGCACAGGGUGGUGAAAUGGGCACAGUGCCCUGUGAACAUCAGUUGGACCUGUUAGUAGAUGUGAUAGACUUCCUGUCUCCAGAUAACAUGGAAGUAUCUGAGGAGAGCUACAACGAGGCAGCUAGAACCCUUCUGGCCAUCGGCAACCUCACCCACCUGUCUCAGGCGGCUGAGGCCUUCACUGCCGGAGCAGAUGAUAUCAUCACGGAAGAACGUUCAAAUGAGGACCAACUGUACCAGAUGACACCACAGCCCACUGACCAAUCACAAACUAGCACCAUUCCUUCUGAAUCUCUUAGGGUCACUGAGGCAUCACGAAUCGCUGAGGAUUCUGUACCUGUUGCCUCGUCAACAACAGCCUCUGUCCCUGUCACCACGACAACAGCCUCUAUCCCAGACUCCAAAAUAACAGCCUGUGUCAUAAUUACCAUGGCAACAGCCUCUGUCCCAGUCACCACGACAACAUCCUCUCCUCCAGUCACCUUUACCACAACGGCCUCUAUCCGAGUCACCACAUCAACGGCAUCUGUCCCAGUGCCUCAGAGCAGUGAUAUGCCCACUCUAGAAACUCCACCCAUAGAGGGGCCUCUCAGACAGAUGGAGGGGACUGAUAUUGGACACGCCUCCAAGAUGGAAUCAGGUUCUGAAGUGUCAGAGGGCUCAGAGCAACAGACAACCUCACAGAGCAGGAGGAGCCACUUCCCUAUGGUCAAACCCAACGUGGGACGGGCUGCCAGGACCACACAACCCAAACAGACGACCACUCCACUGUCAGAACCAACACAGACUACCACCACACUCUCUGAACCACCACUUGAGCCUAUGCUGAAUAUCACCACAACCUCAGAACCACAGCCUACCAUGCAUAUCACCACAGAACCACCACUGCCUACUGAGAGUAUUAACACAGAGUCAGAAACGCAGCCCAAACAGAGAACUACCACACACUCAAAAUCACAAACCACCACCACACACUCCAAGCACCAGCCCACCACAAAUAUUAUCCCACACUCAGAACCACCGCCCAUUCAGAAAACCAGAAUAGCGUAUUCAAAACCACAGCCUACAUUGAAUACCACCACAAACACACUCUCAAAACAACAAUCUACACAGAGUACCACCAUACUCUCACAACCACAGCCCACCCCGAGCCUUGAGCAGCCAAGUCCAGUUACCUUCAUGCCCAUAGUCCCAGAGUCCCCUCUGACAUCAUCAGAGGAGGUGAAGGGUCACGAUGGCCGUAAGGGAAAUACUUCCUCUUCCCUCAGUGCUGGAGGGUCCCAGUCAGGGACAUCAGAUUCAGACCAGCCCAAACAGACAGGUCCUCUAACCCGUAGGGCCCGUUUACCUAAACCCAAACCCAACUUGGGUCUCACCGCCAAAGCCGCUACACGCUCUGCAGUCCAGGUACCAGAAAGCAGGCCAAGCACUGAAGUCCAGACACCAGAGGAAGCUGAUGAGGUUCCCAUGGAAAUACAACAGAUCCACCAAGUCGUCCCCCUUUCUGACAUCAUCGAUACUACCCAGGAGGAAAUACAACAGAUUCACCAAGUCAUCCCUCAUCCACCCAUAGAGGGGCCUCUCAGACAGAGGGAGGGGACUGAUAUUGGACACGCCUCUCAGGUGGAAUCAGGUUCUGAAGUGUCAGAGGGCUCAGAGCAACAGACAACCUCACAGACCAGGAGGAGCCACUUCCCUAAGGUCAAACCCAAUCUGGGACGGGCUGCCAGGACCACACAACCCAAACAGACUACCACCACAAUGUCAGAACCACCACUAGAUUCUAUGCUGAAUAUCACCACAACCUCAGAACCACAGCCUUCCAUGAUUAUCACCAUAGAGCCACCACUGCCUACUGAGAGUAUUAACACAGAGUCAGAAACGCAGCCCAAACAGAGAACAACCACACACUCAAAAUCACAACCCACCACAAAUAUCAUCCCACACUCAGGACCACAGCCCAGUCAGAGAACCAGAGUAGCGCAUUCAAAACCACACCCUACAUUGAAUACCACCACACAGUCAGAACCACCCCAGCCCACACUAAAUUCCACCACAAACACACUCUCAAAACAACAAUCAACACAGAGUACCACCAAACUCUCACAACCACAUCCCACCCCAAGCCUUGAGCAGCCAGGUCCAGUUAGACUCAGACCCAGAGUCCCAGGGUCACCUCUGAGAGCAUCAGGAGAGGUGAAAGGUCACGAUGGCUCAAAGGAAAAUACUUCCUCUUCCCUCCGUGCUGGAGGGUCCCAGUCAGGGACAUCAGACUCAGACCAGCCCAAACAGACAGGUCCCCCAACCCGCAGGGCCCGUUUACCUAAACCCAAACCCAACUUGGGUUGCACCGCCAAAGCCGCAACAUGCUCUGCAGUCCAGGUACCAGAUGUGGCUUCCAGACCCAAAUCUGAGGUCCAGAGACUAGAUACUGGACCCUGCCUUAAAGUACAGACACCAGAGGAAGCUGAUGAGGUUCCCAUGGAAAUACAACAGAUCCACCAAGUCGUCCCCCUUUCUGACAUCAUCGAUACUACCCAGGAGGAAAUACAACAGAUUCACCAAGUCAUCCCUCAUCCACCCAUAGAGGAGGGGCCUCUCAGACAGAGGGAGGGGACUGAUAUUGGACACGCCUCUCAGGUGGAAUCAGGUUCUGAAGUGUCAGAGGGCUCAGAGCAACAGACAACCUCACAGACCAGGAGGAGCUACUUCCCUAAGGUCAAAUCCAACCUGGGACGGGCUGCCAGGACCACACAACCCAAACAGACGACCACUACACUUUCAGAACCAACACAGACUACCACCACACUGUCAGAACCACCACUAGAUUCUAUGCUGAAUAUCACCACAACCUCAGAACCACAGCCUUCCAUGAUUAUCACCAUAGAACCACCACUGCCUACUGAGAGUAUUAACACAGAGUCAGAAACGCAGCCCAAACAGAGAACAACCACACACUCAAAAUCACAACCCACCACAAAUAUCAUCCCACACUCAGGACCACAGCCCAGUCAGAGAACCAGAGUAGCGCAUUCAAAACCACAGCCUACAUUGAAUACCACCACACAGUCAGAACCCCCCCAGCCCACACUAAAUUCCACCACAAACACACUCUCAAAACAACAAUCAACAGAGAGUACCACCACACUCUCACAACCACAGCCCACCUCAAGCCUUGAGCAGCCAGGUCCAGUUACACUCAGACCCAUAGUCCCAGAGUCACCUCUGAGGUCAUCAGAAGAGGUGAAAGGUCACGAUGGCCAUAAGGGAAAUACUUCCUCUUGCCUCCGUGCUGGAGGGUCCCAGUCAGGGACAACAAACUCAGACAAGCCCAAACAGACAGGUCCCCCAACCCGCAGGGCCCGUUUACCUAAACCCAAACCCAACUUGGGUUGCACCGCCAAAGCCACUACACGCUCUGCAGUCCAGGUACCAGAAAGCAGGCCAAGCCUUGAAGUCCAGACACCAGAGGAAGCUGAUGAGGUUCCCAUUGAAAUACAACAGAUCCACCAAGUCUUCCCCCUUUGUGACAUCAUCGAUACUACCCAGGAGGAAAUACAACAGAUUCACCAAGUCAUCCCUCAUCCACCCAUAGAGGAGGGGCCUCUCAGACAGAGGGAGGGGACUGAUAUUGGACACACCUCUCAGGUGGAAUCAGGUUCUGAAGUGUCAGAGGGCUCAGAGCAACAGACAACCUCACAGACCAGGAGGAGCCACUUCCCUAAGGUCAAACCCAACCUGGGACGGGCUGCUAGGACCACACAAACCAAACCCCAACAGACUAACACCACACUGUCAGAACCACCACAGACUACCAACACACUCUCAGAGCCACAGCCCAUUCAGAGAACCAGAGUAGCGCAUUCAAAACCACAGCCUGCAUUGAAUACCACCACACAGUCAGAACCACUCCAGCCCACACUAAAUUCUACCACAAACACACUCUCAAAACAACAAUCAACAGAGAGUACCACCAUACUCUCACAACCACAGCCCACCUCAAGCCUUGAGCAGCCAGGUCCAGUUACACUCAGACCCAUAGUCCCAGAGUCACCUCUGAGGUCAUCAGAAGAGGUGAAAGGUCACGAUGGCCCUAAGGAAAAUAGUUCAUCUUCCUUCAAUGCUGGAGGGUCCCAGUCAGCGACAUCAGACUCGGAACAGCCCAAACAAACAGGUCCCCCAACCAGGAGGGCCCGUUUACCUAAACCCAAACCCAACUUGGGUCUCACCGCCAGAGCCGCUACGCGCUCUGCAGUCCAGGUACCAGAAGGCAGGCCAAGCCCUGAAGUCCAGACACCAGAGGAAGCUGAUGAGGUUCCCAUGGAAAUACAACAGAUUCACCAAGUCUCCCCCCUUUGUGACAUCAUCGAUACGACCCAGGAGGAAAUGGAACAGAUUCACCAAGUCAUCUCUCUUACUGACGUCAUUGAUUCUACCCAGGGCGAUAUGUCUGUCUUUACGGAGGGAAGCUUUUUCUCGCAACAAAGUGAUGCUAUCUUCAUACAGCACUCAGAAACGUCUGUGUCGACUGCUCCGUUGGACCAGGCCCAGUCAGACCCAGAUGAGCCUAUAUUCAUCCUCUCCCUGACUGAAAUCCCAGUGCUCCCCGCAGGGGAGGAGAAUGGCUGCACAUCCCAGACCCUCUCUGAGCCUUUCCUUUUUCUACCAGACGCAGGCGCUCAACUGCAGCAGAGCAGUGAUAUUGUUGCCCCCGGAGGUGGUUUGGAGAAAGGGAAUGCUGGUGUCCUCUGUGAAGUCCCUGAGCCUAUGUCAGUGGAUGAGGUCCUUCCUCAACCCUCAUACACCAGUAUCAAGGAAGUGGAGUCUGGCUCCACGGUGGGUCCAGUAGGUGUGUGUGCCUCGGCCAAACCCUCAGAAGACUCCAUGGCUGAUGCAGAGACUAGUGAGGACACGCAUCCUCCUUCUAAGAAGAGGAAAGCGCCAGAGAGAGCCAGGAGAGUAGACAAACUGCAGGUGAGACCUAACACUGCAGUAAGGGAACAGACCAGUUGUUCGGCCCCUGCCAAGGAGGCUGUGUCACCCAUUACCCCAGACCAGACACCCUCUUUGACCACUACCACCCUCGACACUUACCACCCCACUGCCUCCAGUCCCCUGGCCCAGCCAGGCCCCUCCGUCACGGGAACUGUAUCACGACAGGGGGUGGCUGAUGAGCCACAGCAGGGGACUGUGGGCUGUUUCGAUCGUACAGAGACGGAGCACACGCCGACUGGAGGGGAGGACAAUAGUUCUGGGGCGGAGUCUCAGGCUGCCCGUCAAAUUACACCGCUGGCUAUGAGUGGCCCCUUGAGCAGGCCUGGUAGGAGACCCAGAGGAUUCCUGUCUUUCAUGUCCAAUAAGAACGCCUCCCCUGUAGCUGCCCCCCCCCGAGGUACCAGAGCAGCCGCUCGGAGGCCCCAGGUCAACACCACCCGCCCAGGGGGGAAACGGGCUGCUCCUGCUCCUGCACCUUCCACCACAACCAGAACCAUGCUUUCACCUUCCAUAAUGCAUUACACCACCACCCCCACUAGGGCCCCCAGAACCACCACUAAGCCAGAUUCUUCUGCCAGGGUGACUCAGGAAAAACCCUCUGAUGCCCUGGCCUUACACUCAGACCCAGAGCCCAGUACUUCCCUGUGUACUACAGCUACUGAGUCCUCUCAGGUGCCAGCCGCCCAGCCCAGUGCGUCUCCCUGUGUGGACAGCGGUUCAGCAGACGAGGAACCCAUCAACGUGUCCCAGUACUUCUUCAGUGACAUCUUCACCGAGGUCGAGGAGAAUGAGGGAUGAGAGGCGGAGGAAGGGAAAGGAGAUCAAAAAGGCACUCUUUGACUCUUUGUUUGAAUCAAACUGGAGAACAAAAUGUUAAAUAUUUAAGAAAACAUGUUUUUGUAUCUACCACUGAAAUUACGUUUCUGCUUGCUUGUGUUUAUGCGAACAAGGUUUCAUGCUUACAGCGAACAGAUUUGGUCACAAGAUGGCAACAGUGAAACCAAACUAGGGAUAAUUCCUCUUCAAAUUUUUGGGGGGACCAAACUGGCGCGCCUUUGAGCUACUUUCCUAUAUUGAACGAUUACGCUUUUUUGGCUCUUUUACCCCAAUCAUAUCAUCUAGCCUAUUGAGUAAUCUAUUCAUUCUAAUAACAUAUUUAUAUUUAUUUGGUUUACAUCUUUUCAAACCACACCAAGCCAGACAUUCAUGAUAAUUUCCCUCUAUCUGCAAGAAGGAGAAUACUUGAAAUCAGUGUCAACUCACUCUACUACAGGGACUUUCACAUUCAAAUUUGUGUUCUUAUUUUAAAAUUGUUUACAUAGGUAGCCAUUGUCUAAACAUGAGCAUUGUGUGUAUAUAUGUUUAUUAUAAUUUAGAUCAGAUAUAUUGGAGGGGUAUGUACCCUUAACAUUUACUUUGGUUUUUCAAUAUUCAUGCAUGAACAAGACCCAGCUUUGCAGCUUGAGGGACAGCACAGCAAUGUCUCUUUAUUUCAUGCUCGCUGAAGAUACAGGAAAUAUAAUUUAAAAUGGCGCUGGAACAGAAUCCUCUAGUUUAAUCCAUGUACAGUGACAAACUCACAGAAACAGUGCACAGAUCAUGAGUCCAAUUUCAGUUCUCAAUUAUUGAUUAUGUUCUGCAGCCACUGUUGGUUCAAACUAACAUAGCUGUUCUGUAGCUCAUGUAAAAUAUGUUAAUAAAGUUUUAUACGUUAAUGUCUA